AUGGUUGACCCAGAACGAAUAUUGGCUAAUGCAUUGGACGACGAAUAUAGCAGUCUUUAUUUGGCAGAUGACAUGAUGUCUUCUCUUGAAGUCUCCUCGGAUGGUCAGGAGGAUGAAAAUAAUGGCAAGGACAGCACACCAACAAAAGACAGAAGAGGGUUGGUGGACCCAACAGUUGAAGUGAUAGAUCUUUUUGCCUCUGGCGAACUGUUAGACAUGAAUGAAGAUUGCAAACUUACCAUUGACACUCAUGUUGCACUGCCGCAGACGCUUUGCACGGACCCGCAGAUUCGUCUUGCAUUGUCAAAAGAGGAUCUCAGUUGUAUACCUCCAUGUUAUACUAUAAUUGAAACUGCGAUUCUUUGUGGUGACAACCCAGAUAAUCCUUUUGACACUUUUGCAAGUACUUUUCGUCAACGAUGUAUCCAGGAAACAAUGAAGGAUCGUUAUGAAUGUAUGUUUUCGUUUGAUGAGUUUCUUGCAAUGCUUGCUCACGUUUGUGCUUGUCCAAUUUCGAGCCUUCUUCCACCCGCAGAAGUUUCUUAUCCCGCAGAACGUUACUUAUCUGACCAACUUCGAAUUCCCAGAUUAAAGCUUGUCAAGUUCAUCGAUCUGAAACGAGUUUCGAUUGCCCGAGUUAAAUUCCUUUUCGACUUGAUUUCAUUCUGGGAUUUCAUGCAUUAUAGUGAAACUGAACUCAUGUUACUUUUAUUUGCCUUUACAAAAAUUUAUGUGGACGAUCUGGCAGACAUUCGUCUAAAAUUGUCAAUUUGUAAAGCUGUUGAUAAUUUUAUUGACGAUUCUGUGGGUGUUCUUCGUGUAGCUAUGAGAUUCCUGUGCGAUGCUCCUGUUCUGAACCGGUGUAGGCUGAUCUGUUUGAGACGCAUUCUGGUGCAUUUCGUGGAACGGGCAGAAUUAGAUCCAGAAGACAGUAAAGUAACAGAGAAGGAACAUUUUGCAGUCAUAGUUGCCUUAUUUGGAGAUUUUCUUCGGAUUUUUGAAAAGAGUCGACAGAAACUAUAUUUAAUGUUUGGGCUUUUAUCGGAAACAAUCGAUUACCACAUAAUACGCUCAGUAGAUGUUGAAAGUGUGGCAAAACUAUUAAGGAACGCUCAUCGAAUGGCUGUUUGUUGGAAAGAGCGGUUGAAACUAUCAUCAAACGUAUUGAAAUACUACAAUCACGAGAAACAUGCUCGUGAAGCUUUGAAGGGUUUAUUCUGCUUUUUCAUUCACUUACACACGCUGAGCGACUUGGCUCAUACAUUUUACUAG